UAUGUGUGUGUGCAUUUUAUCCCUCCCUCCUAUCCCUCCCUCUCUCUCUCUCUCUCUCUCUCUCUCUCUCUCUCUCACUCUAAUGUGUGAUCUGGAAAGCUUAUAAAAGCCUGAUGUAAUCCUUAAUGCAGCCCCUGGCUACAAAGACUGGAUCUAGUUUCACAGAGAGAGAUUCAGAAGCAGAAUUUUAAAAAAAAAAAAAAAAAAAAAAGUGGGGGGAGAAGAGAGAGAAAGAAGGAAAAGCAGAUGAGUGGAUUUUAAACAAACAUAUCUUUCUGAAGAAGACCAUUCUCACUCUUCGCUGCCGGGAAAGCUACUCUGAAUCCUGCUGUAUAUUUUUUUUUAAAGGAGAAGACUUGAUUGUCUGCUUGGAUCUAAUGAUUUACUGGCUUUCAACUGCGUUUUUCCCCUCUCCUAAGGAUUCCUCAAAGAACGGCUUAAUUAUUUUCAGCUUUUCUCUUCCACCUGCCUGUCUGCAGAGACACCAAAGGUUCUCCCUUCCUCUCCUUCCCCACCCCCAUUUCUUUUAGGAUUUGUUUUUUUUCAUUUUUCCUUUUAAAUAUAUAUAUAUGUGUAUGUAUAUAUAUAUGUAGAGGCAAGAGUGGAGGGAGCAGAGGAAGAGAGAGCUCUGCCAUCCUUUUGGACUUCACGCGCUACCCAAUGUUGGGCUGGUUACCCCUGGAUAUGUUGCUGGUUUCCAUUUGGAAUUUGACAAAGGGAAGAAGCAGGAUAUAAAACCUGGGGAGCUCUACAAGGUGUUGUUUAUGGCCACAGGAGGGAGCUCAAAUCCAGACAUGGGAGGAUCGGCUUGAUUUCGGAUCCAGAGCCUCUUAAACUCUCACUUUUCCUCUAAGCUGGUCCCUGUUAUGUCCAGGAUCUGGCGCCUGCUUGACAUUUACUUUGAGUUCCAGAGGACCAGAGACCUAGGAUGAGGAGCAUUGGAUCUGCCCUGAACCUGCUUUUGGUAUCGCCACUCUACUUUGUGUGGACCGUGGUCGCUCUGGACCUGGCACAAACUCCCUGCACCACUUUGGUCCAGGGGAAAUUCUUUGGGUAUUUCUCCUCCUUUGCCGUCUUCCCACUGAACUCCUCUCUCUGCUCUUGGAUUAUCCAGAACCCUGACCCUCGGAGGUACACCUUGUACAUGAAGAUCCUAAAACCUACCAGCGUAUGUGACCACCAGCACAUCCGCACCUACCAGUUUGACUCCUUCCUGGAGUCCACCCGCACCUACCUGGGCAUGGAGAGCUUUGAUGAUGUGUUGAAGCUCUGUGAUGGAUCCACCCGCUAUGCCUUCCUCCAGUCCAACAAGCAGUUCCUCCAGAUGAAGCAGACCGCACCACCGGAUCUGGAGAGCUGGCCUGUGCGGUGGAAGCCCACAAAGGCUCAAGAGAGGGACUUCUCGGUGGAGUACCUCGUGGUGGGCAACAGGAACCCUAGCAAAGCUGCUUGCCAGAUGCUCUGCAAGUGGCUGGAUGCCUGCUUGGCCAUCAGCAGCAGCUCCCACCCAUGCGGCAUUAUGCAGACACCGUGCUCUUGCUCAGGAGGGGAGGUCCUAGAUCAGGCCAGCGAGGUGGUAGGGUUCACAAAGAAGAAGGAAGAUUGCUAUAAGGAUGGGAUUUACUUGGACAACUGUAUGAGCAGCCCCAAGGACAGCAGCGGAGCAGAGUUCCUGGGUGGUUGGAACCCAUGGUCGGCUUGGGGCGACUGCACCAAGGACUGCGGGGGAGGCCUGCAGACCCGCAUGCGCACCUGCAAGCCCCUUCCCAACGAAGGUCUUGCCUGCGAGGGAGUCCUGGAGGAAGGACGACUGUGCAAUAGGAAGGCAUGCAAUACCAAUGGACGCUAUAAUUCCAGAAGCCAAUCGCUGAGGUCCACAGAUAACAGAAAACGAGAGGACACUGAUGAACUGCAACACUACGGGUACCCUGCACCUCAAAUAGGUGACCCUGCGGCAGAGGAGUGGUCCCCAUGGAGCGUGUGUUCGACCACCUGCGGGGAGGGCUGGCAGACCAGGACGAGGUUCUGUGUGUCGUCUUCCUACAGCACUCAGUGCAGCGGCCCUCUCCGGGAGCAGAGACAGUGCAACAACUCUGCUGUGUGCCCAGUGCACGGCACCUGGGACGAGUGGUCUCCAUGGAGCUUGUGCUCUUCCACAUGUGGGAGAGGGUACAGAGAUCGGACCCGCACAUGCAAGCCCCCACAAUUUGGUGGGAACCCCUGUGAGGGACCGGAGAAGCAAACAAAGUUCUGCAACAUUGCACUUUGCCCAGUGGACGGCAACUGGAAUGAGUGGUCGAGCUGGAGCUCCUGCUCUGCCUCCUGCUCCAACGGUACCCAGCAGCGGACAAGGGAGUGCAAUGGACCCUCCUAUGGGGGAGCUGAAUGUCAGGGACACUGGGUGGAAACCAGGGACUGCUUCCUACGCCAAUGCCCAGUGGAUGGGAAAUGGCAGGCCUGGGGAGUGUGGGGCAGCUGCACUGUCACAUGUGGAGGUGGGACUCAGAAACGUGACCGUGUGUGCUACGGGCCCUUCUUUGGUGGACAGACUUGCCAGGGUCCCAAGGAAGAGUACAAGCAGUGCAAUGACAGAAAGUGUCCUGAGCCCCACGAAAUCUGUGGUGAGGAAAGUCUUGCCUCUGUGGUUUGGAAAGAGACACCUGCUGGGGAUGCUGCUGCUGUCCGAUGUCCUCGCAAUGCUACUGGGCUGAUCCUGCGAAGAUGCAUUUUAGAUGAAGAAGGGAUAGCUUAUUGGGAGCCUCCGACAUACAUCAAAUGUGUUUCUAUUGAUUACAGGAACAUACAGAUGAUGACCAGGGAACAUCUUUCCAAAGCUCAGCGUGGGUUGAUGGGAGAUGGUCUUUCAGAAGUACUCCAAAACCUUGUGGAAAUCUCCCAGGAUGGAACCAGCUACAGUGGUGACUUACUCUCCACCAUCGAUGUACUCAGGAACAUGACAGAGAUCUUCCGUAGGGCUUAUUAUAGCCCAACUUCUGUGGAUGUGCAGAACUUUGUCCAGAUCAUCAGCAAUCUUUUAUCAGAGGAGAACCGGGAAAAAUGGGAAGAAGCUCAGCUGAUAGGGCCAAAUGCCAAGGAGUUGUUCAGGCUCAUGGAGGAUUUCAUUGAUGUCAUCGCUUUUCGCAUGAAGGAUUUCCGGGACUCUUACCAAGUGACGGACAAUCUCGUCCUCGGCAUUCACAAACUGCCUGCUAAUGCAGCAACUGACAUCACCUUCCCCAUGAAAGGCUGGAGGGGCAUGGUGGACUGGGCCAAGAACUCAGAGGACAAGGUCACUGUCUCCAAGAGCAUCCUGUCUUCAGGGCUGACAGAGACGGAUGACUCCUCUGUCUUCGUGGUGGGGACUGUGCUGUACCGAAAUGUGGGCAACAUCCUCUCCCUCCAGAGGAAUGGCACUGUUCUAAACUCCAAAGUCAUUUCCGUGACUGUGAAGCCAUUUCCCCGGUCUCUCCUCACCCCCUUGGAAAUUGAAUUCUCCCACCUUUACAAUGGAACAACCAACCAGACCUGCAUCCUGUGGGAUGAGACUGAUGGCCGAGCCUCCGCCUCCGCCUCCCCGCCCGGCGCCUGGUCCUGGCGCGGCUGCCGAACGGUCCCGCUCGACGCCUCCCGGACUAAGUGCCUGUGUGACCGGCUCUCCGCCUUCGCCAUCUUAGCCCAGCUCAGCCCCGACAUGAACAUGGAAAAGGUGCUGGUCCCUUCUGUCACAUUAAUUGUAGGCUGCGGAGUAUCUUCGCUGACACUUUUGCUGUUGAUUAUCAUUUAUGUCUCUGUUUGGAGAACUCAGGUUUUUCCGUGCCUGGGGUAUCAUUGGAUGUGCUCAAGUCCUUGUCCUCUCCUGCUUUUCCUCAGGCUGGGCAGCACUGGGCAGCGCUGGUAUAUUCGCUCAGAGCGCUCUGUGAUUCUUAUCAACUUCUGCCUAUCCAUCAUCUCCUCCAACGCUCUCAUCCUGAUUGGACAGACUCAGACCCGGAAUAAGGUGAUAUGCACACUGGUGGCGGCUUUCUUGCACUUCUUCUUCCUCUCCUCUUUCUGCUGGGUGUUGACCGAGGCUUGGCAGUCCUACAUGGCCGUGACGGGCCGGUUACGGAACCGCAUCAUCCGCAAGCGCUUCUUGUGUCUUGGAUGGGGGCUCCCUGCCUUGGUGGUUGCCAUAUCCGUGGGAUUUACUAAAGCCAAGGGGUACGGCACCGUGAACUACUGCUGGCUGUCAUUAGAGGGAGGUCUUCUCUACGCCUUCGUGGGACCGGCAGCUGCUGUUGUUUUGGUGAACAUGGUUAUUGGCAUUCUGGUUUUUAACAAACUUGUAUCCAAAGAUGGAAUAACAGAUAAGAAACUGAAGGAACGGGCAGGUCAGAUGGCAGUGCCCCUUUACGGCAUGACGCUCAAAUGUUCCAAGUGUGGAGUAGUUUCUUCUGCUGAAGUUUCGGCCACAGCCACCAGUAACGCCAUGGCAUCCCUUUGGAGCUCCUGUGUGGUCCUACCUCUCCUGGCUCUCACCUGGAUGUCUGCAGUUCUGGCAAUCACAGAUCGACGGUCAGCACUCUUCCAGAUUCUUUUUGCCGUCUUUGACUCAUUGGAGGGCUUUGUCAUCGUUAUGGUCCAUUGCAUCCUCAGGCGGGAGGUCCAGGAUGCUGUAAAGUGCCGAGUAGUAGAUCGUCAGGAAGAGGGCAAUGGAGACUCAGGGGGGUCAUUUCAGAAUGGACAUGCUCAGCUAAUGACCGAUUUUGAGAAGGAUGUGGAUAUGGCUUGUAGAUCAGGUGAGCACAUCACAGUGUUGAAUAAAGACAUCACUGCCUGCAGGACCUCAACCAUCACAGGAACACUGAAGCGUCCAUCACUACCAGAUGAAGAGAAAUUGAAACUAAAUCACCAGAAAGGGUCAUCAAACUUUAACAGUCUUCCAGCUAAUGUCUCCAAGAUGCAUCUUCAGGGCUCACCACACUACCUGGGGGCCAUCAACCUGAAUGAGUUCAGCAAUCACAGUCUCACUCUGAAGAAGGACAAGAACCAGCCACCUAAGUCCAUCUACAUCUGCGAUGGGGACAUCUUCAAGAAGUUGGACUCAGAACUCUCGCGGGCACAAGAGCAAACGCUGGAUACCAGUUAUGUCAUUCUGCCUACCAACACGUCUACCUUGCGGGCCAAACCGCCCAAAGAUGAAGGCAAAUACAGCAUCAAUAUUGACCAGAUGCCCCAGACACGGCUCAUCCACCUCAGUAUGGCUACUGACCCAGGCUUUGUUGUCAAGAGUCCUCCACGGGAACCUGUAACCAUGACAUGCAGUGAGGCUCAAGGUUCUCCCAUGGUACAGCAGCAGCAGCAGCUGGCUCCACAAAAUAUCUCCAACGAGUCACAGAUUCCCAACAGCCUGUGUGACACAGGUGACUCAGGGAACUCAGGUGUGGUGUCCAAAAGUGAGACUGUCUCCACCCUUUCCAUGAGCUCCUUGGAGAGGCGGAAAUCCCGGUAUGCAGAGCUAGAUUUUGAGAAAAUCAUGCACACAAGAAAACGUCACCAAGACAUGUUCCAAGACCUGAACAGAAAACUCCAACAUGCAGAGAAGGAGAAGGAGUCUCCAACAACGGACAGCAAGGUUAUAAAUCGGUGGAGUGUUUCUUCUGGUGGAAGUGAUAAGACUAACGUUAGCCAAGAAAAACAGCAGACACCAAACAAGAGACCCUGGGAAGGAAUCAGGAAAGUCCAGUCCCCACCAUCAUGGGUUAAAAAGGACAUGGAACCUGUGGCACAGUCUCCCCUAGAACUCAAAACUGUAGAGUGGGAGAAAACAGGGGCCACCAUCCCCCUGGUGGGACAAGACAUUAUCGACCUUCAGACAGAGGUCUGAGUGGAAAGGGAAGAAAGGGACUUUUUUUUUUCCGGAAAACAAAUGAAAAACAAACAAACAAAACAAAACCACAUUUUAAAGAAAUGAUUAAAUUAAAUCGGAACCGAGCAAGAGAAGUGUUUGGUUUCUUUUGAAACCUUUGGUAAGACAGAGUAACUUUUUUAUUGUUCUCAGCAGAGAGGAGGAAUAUUACUUUAUAGAAUAUAGUAGCUGUAGGUUCAGGACAACACGAGCUUUCCCAGGUAGGACUGGAGAAGAAGCAAACCUGGAAGAGAGCGAGGAGGAGGCAGAGAGUGGGGAAGGGUCAAGCCCUGCAGAGAUCCUUUCAGGCUGCUGUCACAGGCCAAGAGCCAUCCUGCUCUGCCAUGGGGAGGUGUGGAAGGACGCCCAGCAGCCACUGAGAAGGGCCAAGAAGAUCGGGGUUGUUUGCAGACGACAAGAGAGGAUGCCUGCGGAAGCCUUGCUGGGAUGCGGUCUGGCUGUACAUCCCUGGGAGAAACCCAGCCUUGAGGGUGUGUGGCAUCCCUUGCCAAUCCUUGUCCCCCGCCUCUCUCUCACCAGCUCAUCCAAGAAGGAAGGAGACGGGAUGCACCUAGCAGUGGCCAAGAAGAGAUUCUCACUCCUGUGCCCCACACUGUGACCUGGCAUGUGGCAUCCCCACAGCAGGUCCCGACAGUGCCUGGAGGGGGAAGUAGUGGCAUCAUCCAAUGCUUAGGUGGAGAGGUAAGGUGGGGCUUCCUCCUCUCAUCCCUCCACAGUGAAGCUUCUGCAUCCCCUAAGGAGUGGGACAGGCGUAGGAGGAAAGGACCACCUCCAAAACCUUCUCGCCCCAUCUCCAGGUCGAAGGUGUUAGAAAAACAGACCAACAAGAAGAAUGUAGGUCGUUUCAUUGACUGUUAAAUAGAUAAACUCAGCACGGGCCUUAUGAAGGUCCUCUUGGCCUCAUCCUUUCUUUUUUUUUCUGUUACUUUUCCUUGCUUUCGGACUCAGAUUUAUUCUAAAUUCUCCCUUCCUAGAAGGCAGAGAGAGAAAGAGGGAAAGACAGACCCGCCAAUGUACCUGGAGAUAUUUGGUAUACAGAGACAUUGCCUUAGGACAUUGAGAAAAACUGACAACAUGAAUAACGUCCACUUGGAAACAAACAAACAAACAAACAAACAAAAUAAUCUAUUUUUUUCCUUCUUCUUUUCUUUUCUUCAAUAAAAAGAGAACUUGAAACCCGAGACCUUUCUUUUCUUUGGCUCUUGUCAUUUCGAAUGCCUUUCUGUGCUGUAGGACUGUGCAGGCAUGGGGUGAGGAUGCCACCUGCUGAAGGUGGAAGGCAAGUUGCUCCGUGGAAAACUUGGGAUGGUGGGAAAACACAGGCCCUUCGCUGCUCAUUUGCAAUGUUUUGCUUUGUUUUAUUCAGUUUGGGCUUUGGUUAUUUUCCCCUUGCUGGCUCUUCCCUCCCCACUGCCCAGAGGCAGCAAGAAGGUUUGUGGUCCUACAAGAAGGUGGAGUUGGUCAGGAGAGCAGGACAUUCUUCAUCAUAAAAUACUGGUUUUUUUAUUUCAUCAUGCAAAAAAAAAAAUUAUUUUUGAUUUCACAAAAUAAAUAAUUGCAAAAUUGCAAUUAAUAAGGUAUCUACGUCUCAUUGGAAAAAAAAUCUGUGCAAUAUUUUCAUCAUUAAAAAAAAUAUACCACUGACAUUACAUGCAGACUUCAUUUUUUUAUUCAUUCCCAGCAUUGUCUGUCUGAUAUUUGGAAUAAAUCUCCCAGCUUUGCAGAUGGGUGGUGACAAACCUCUGUCUGUGAGUGGCUGCCAGACAGCAGUAAAAUAUGAUCAGGGUCUGAGUUAUUACUGCGUAUUUAGGUCUCUUAUUUAACGAAAAAAAACCAAACAACCAAAUGCUUUUAUGAAGAAGCUAGCAAUGAAUUGAAGAGGCAAACUGAUCACUGAGCCCAGUUAUGCUUCCCCCCUGAGACAUGUUGCUUGACACACAAACAUCCCUGCUUCAGCUUCCCCUUGCGCCACCUGGGUAACUGAUCUUCGAGUACAACGGCAUUUACCUUGCCAUUAACUGUAUAAUAUGAAGGAUGGGAAGAAAAAUUUCAAGAAAAAUAAUCCAAAUAGUUAAAAAAAAGUAGGGAAACCAAUUACUUAUUAAAACUGUGAUAUUAUUGCUCAAUUUUAGAUUAUUCUAUGAAACAGCAAAGCACAAGGCCUCCCUCAGAUGCCGGGUUGUAUGAUAUUGUAAUUAUUAUAAUUACACAUGAUGAAUUUUAGCAUACAGAGAUCUUUCUACUGUGUUUUAAUUCUUCUCUCUUUUAUUUUUUUCCCUUCCCUCGCCCACCUGAGCCUGUCCUCUCCAACCUUCCCCAUUCACCCAUUCACUCCAGCCGACUUGCAGGACAUUCACGGUGUAAUGUAAUUACAGAGAUAAAUGUUUGUUUAAUAACUGUUGAUAUUCGACUUUCUCUGCUCAGCUCCUCUGGUUAAUUCUGUUUUCCCAUUCCUUGCCCUGCCCCGUGCCAUGCCUUCCCCUCCCUCCUCUCUGUAUUCAUCAGGGUUUUUUUCUGUACAGUUUUCAGAGCACAAAAUGAAUGUG